AUGUCCUCUUCGAGCUCGUCUUUUACCUCGUCUUCGCUCGCUCGUCCGCCAACAUACAGUCGUUCCUACGCCAGCCCCGUCGAUUCUACUUGGACGCCAACCUCGGGCGUUUCUGUCGCUUCGGCGCCCUCUUCCAUUGGAGGCUCUUUUGUGCCUCGCUCCAGUCUGCGUCCUCUAGACAUUGGGCCUCCGGGGUUCCAGGCCACCAUAACACUCUUUCAAGAUACAGCAGAGGAGCGGACGGUUUACCUCGGCCCCUGGGAAGUGGUGGGAUCUGAGCAGCGUCGAGUGUUGUGGCAAUGUAGCUACCAAAAUGAGCUUCUCGAGCAUCACUUGCCGUCGGAUGUGCCUGCGGAAGUUUUUCCGCACACGCUACAUGCGCGCCACAGACAGUAUCACGACCCGUCUGAUAUGGAGCGCUACGUUACUUUUACCGAACCACAUCGCAUACGAUACAUUUCGGACGAGGGUAUUUGCAUCCACGAUCAGUACAUUUAUGUACGAUACGAAUUCACGUCGGUAAACAGCUCCCUUCUCUUCCAGGGCGAUGUGCGCCGCAAGGACCUAGUAGACUUUUAUGACGUCGAUGUGGUAUGGACGAAUGUUCAUGGCCGCACCGACAGCUAUGGCAAAGUCAGGGGAAUUGGUGCAAUACAGCGACUCAAACUCUGGCGUGACAGAUAUACGACCUGCCACUCGCUGUCAGUGCUUGCAAACAAGGCAGGUGGCUCAUACCGCGAGUAUGAUGUACACAUCUUCGAAGGAGAACUUCGCGGAAGGGAGGACCGCGCAAAGCAAGUUCGUCUGGUGGUCCAGGGUCGUCGAGGCAGUGCGCCAGAAAGUUCUCGACGUUCACUCGCCCAGCGGAUACGACCCCGAGUGUUUUCCGCAGGGCAAUCGGCAGAGGCGGGUGACCAAGAUAUACGGUAUCUGAGCAUUCAAUUCACUCAUGGCGACGGAUACCGUCGAUUCUUAGAAACCUGGCUGUACGCGCACAGCUCGGAUCGGGAAUUCAAUGGGGUGCCAUUUCCACCGCACCACUUUGAGCUACCUUCGCCACAACUUCUUCCUGGCCAAGUAAGCGAUACAUCGCAUAGCCUGCAAGAUUCAGUACCUGAGCGGCCAGAUGGAUGA